AUGGGGCUUGCAGACCCCCUGCCCCCGCUGAGCCGGGUGCCGGGCAGCCUGCGGUGCCCUCCAGGCCCCCCCUUCUCCUCCCUGUCCUGCCGUGGUGCCCGGCAGCUGGGGCUCCGGACCGAGCAGGACCUCUACGUCCGCCUCAUCGACUCCAUGUCCAAGCAGCCCCGCUGCAGCCCUCGGGGAGGGGGCCGGGGGGGCCGAGAUGAGGGGCUGGGGCACGAUGCAAAGGCAGGGUGCUGGACCGGGAUGUUGGGGUUUUUCCUCAAGUUUUUCCUCAAAUGCAACCAAAACUGCCUGAAGAAUGCGGGGAACCCCCGGGAUAUGCGGCGCUUCCAGGGCCGGGCAGCGCCGCGCGCCGUGGCUGUGGGGGGUGGUGGUGGCCCUGAUCCGGCUGUUCCGCCGGUGGUCGUGUCGACGACGGUGAACGUGGACGGCCACGUCCUGGCCGUGUCCGACAACAUGUUUGUCCACAACAACUCCAAGCACGGGCGGCGGGCACGGCGCCUUGACCCCUCCGAAGCACUGAAUGAGCCCACCAUCGACUACGGGUUCCAGCGGCUGCAGAAGGUCAUCCCCCGGCACCCCGGGGACCCUGAACGCCUCCCCAAGGCUCUGCCUGCCGCGGGGUGAUGCUGUCCCUGUGUCCCCCCCUCUUUCCAGGACAUCAUCCUGAAGCGAGCGGCAGACAUCGCCGAGGCGCUGUACAGCGUCCCUCGCAACCCCGGCCAGCUCUCCUCACUCGCCGGCACCCACGGACCCGCCGGCAUGAUGGGGGUGAACUCCUUCGGCAGCCGGCGGGCCGUCAACAUUGGUGCCUCGCCGCAGGGCACCGAGCAAGGCUACUCCCGAAACACGGGCAGCGUCUCACCACGGGGCUACGUGCCCAGCUCCACGCCGCAGCAGAGCAGCUACAGCAGCGCCGCCGGCAUCAACGGCUACGGCAGUGGCACCAUGGCUGGCCUGGGGGUGCCUGGUUCCCCCAGCUUCCUCGCCGGCUCCACCGCCAACUCCCCCUACGCCAUCAUGCCUGCCAGCCCCCCGCUCGGCGCCUCCUCCAUCACCCUCCCGUCGGGCAUCAACGCCUCCACCCCCUCCGGGGUCUUCUCCUUCUCCCCCGUCAACAUGAUCUCGGCGGUGAAGCAGAAAAGCGCCUUCGCCCCCGUGGUGCGGCCGCAGACCUCCCCGCCGCCCGCCUGCGCCAGCACCAGCGGCAGCGGCCUGCAAGACCCGGCUUUUGAGGACUCGGACAAGUUCCACACGCCUGCGCGGCCGCUCCAGGGACUGGCCUAUUCCUAA